GGUUGUUGGCGUGACGUCACGUGGGCCCGAGUAGGGGGGCGGGGCUCUGCUAGAAGAAAGAUGGCGGCGAGCGGCAAAAGCAUGAGCCGUCGGGAGUCUGCAGGUCUCCGCCCGUGCGUGCCAUCCGCCGGCGGCACGGCAUCGCCGCCGACAACGCCAACAGCGGCGUCGGCGCCGUCGACAGCAGCGGCGUCGGCGUCGGCGUCGUCGGCGUCGUCGGUUCACCAGUGCGAGUUCUGCCCCUACCGCACGAGCAAGCGGGACAACCUCACGGUCCACCGGCGCACCCACACGGGCGAGCGGCCCCACGCGUGCCCCGUCUGCGGCAAGGCCUUCAAGCAGCUGGGCGCCCUCGCGGCCCACCGCACCGUCCACACGGGCGCCAGGCCCCACGCCUGCGCCGCCUGCGGCAAGGCCUUCGCCCACGCGGCGGCCCUGGCGGCCCACCGCGCCGUCCACACGGGCGCCAGGCCCCACGCCUGCGCCGACUGCGGCAAGGCCUUCGCCGACUCGGGCGGCCUCCUCCGCCACCGGCGCACCCACACGGGCGCCAGGCCCCACGCGUGCCCCGUGUGCGGCAAGGCCUUCGCCCAGUCGGGGGGCCUGAGGGCCCACGCCAGGGUGCACACGGGCGAGAAGCCGUACCCGUGCGGCGUCUGCGGCAAGGCCUUCGCCCACGCGGCGGCGCUCGCGGCCCACGGCACGACGCACACGGGCGCCAGGCCGCACGCGUGCCCCGUGUGCCGCCGGGCGUUCGCGGACGCCCGCAACCUGAGGCGGCACGCCAGGGUGCACGCCGCCGACAGGCCGUACCCGUGCGGCACCUGCGGCCGGGCGUUCGCGCGCUCCGGAGACCUGCGCAGCCACCGGCGGACGCACACCGGCGAGAGGCCGUACGCGUGCGGCGAGUGCGGCGGGGAGUUCUCGCGCGCCGAGAACCUGCGCCGGCACCAGAAGACGCACGCGGCGGCCGCGGCGGCCAGGGCGGCGGCGGCCGGGGCGGCGGCGGCCGGGGCGGUGGCGGUAUCGCCGGAAGGGACGCCGACGGCCUCCGACAGCGUCGGGGCCUCUUCGCCCGACGUCGUCGGAGAGACGAAGAGGAAGAAGAAGAAGACGGCGUCGUCGUCGUCGGCCACCGGCGUUAGAGCUUCGCCGGGAGCGACGCCCGGCGGCGUAGGAGAGACGAAGGCAACCGCCGCCGCCGCCGCCGCCAGUGUCGCGAGUUCUUCACCGGGAAGGUCGCGCGAUGUGGUAGCAGGGACCGCGCCCGACGGAGGGACGACGCCCCCCGCUGUUGGAACCUCGCCGGCAGUGACGCCCGGCGCCGCGCCGGAGACCCGGAAGACGUCCCGCGCCACCAGGAGUUCGCCGGGAGAGACGCUCACCGCGGCAAGAAAGACGGACGCGGUGCCCCGCCGCGUCAGGGCUUCACCGGGGGGCGCGGCCGGGGAGACGACCCCGCCGGGCGGCGUCGGGGCCUUGCCGGCAAGGUCGCGCAAAGCCGUGGCGGGGGCCGCCGCGCCCGGCGGGGUCGCGGCGGCCCCCGGCGUCGGAGCCUCGCCGGGAGGCGCGGCGGGAGGGACGGCGGAGUCGGCCCCCGGCGGCGCGAGGGCUUGGCGUGCGGGAGCGAGGCGCGAGGCGACGGGUGGAGCGCCCAACGCUUUGCGGGGCACGGCGUCCCGGCGGCCGAGGGCGGCCCCCCGUACGGCCGGCGGGUCCCCGACGAGCGACGCGGUGCGGGGGACGGCUCCCGGCCGCGAGGGUUCGUCGGCGGGGAGACUCGACAAGGCGGCAGGGACGACUCCCGGCGGUGAGAGCUUGCCGGCGGGGAGGCUCGGCACGGCGCGGGGGGCCACCCUCAGCGGUAACGGUGCACCGGCGGGUAGGCUCGGCACGGCAGGAGGGACGGCUCUCGGCGGCGGUGACCUGGAAGUGGGGGCGACUCCCCGGGGUAAGGACUUGGCAGCGGCGAGACUGAACUUGAUCGGACGGACGACUCCUGGCGGUGAGGGUUUAGCCGUGGGGAGGCUCGACGGGAUGGGGCGGGUGCCCUGGUUGUUGGGAGAGGCGCCCGGAUUCCCGGGAGGGACAUCCGGCGUGCCUGGUGGGAAGUCCAACGCGGCAAAGCCGUGGAAUUGCGCGCCGAGCACAGCAGUAAGAGGAGGAGGAGGUGGGGGAGGAGGUGGGGGAGGUGGAGGGUCCCACCCCCGCGUGUUCGGAUCGACGACCGGUCGGCCCGGGGGGCUGCCUGACGGCUCGCCGCGGCCGCCGCCGCCGCCGGGAGGGGAGGCGUUCGCGUGCCCGGCGUGCGGCGAGCGCUUCGCCAGGUGGAGGGACUGCCGCAGGCACCGGAGGACCCACCGGCCGUCGAUGGCGACGCCGGCCGGCCUGCCCGGCGCUUGGGCAGCGCCGCCGGCCACCGGGGAGGCGGCGUACGCCUGCGCCGGGUGCGGGGAGCGCUUUGCCAAGCGGCGGGACCUCCGCAGGCACCGGAGGGCUCGCCGGGAGGGGUGGGCGGUCGGCGCGGCCCCCGGCGCCAAGCUCCCGCCGGCGGGAGACGAGGCCCAGCUGUGCUGCGUGUGCGGCGAGGCCUUCGCCAAGCGGAGAGACCUCCGCCGGCACCUGAGGGCCGGCCGCGGCGGCGGCGGCGGCGGCGGCGGCGGGGCCCCGGGCGACGGGGACGACGACGCGCCGGAGCUUCUGCCGAUGCCGCUGGGGGCGACGGCCGGCACGAAGGCGGCGUCGGGAGAGGCCUACCGCUGCUGCGUGUGCGGCGAGGUGUUCGCUAAGCGGCGGGACCUCCGCAGGCACCAGAGGGCUCACCGCGGCGGCGGCGGCGACGACGCCGAGCCGCCGCCGGGAGCGACGUUCGGUUUGCCAGAAGUGUCGGGCGGGAGGGGCUGCCGCCGCCGCCGCCACCACCACCGCCGCCGCCGGAGCAGCGGCAGUGGGCCCUCCCCCCCCUCCGCUUGCGGCGCACUUAAUGCACGGGAACAGCUGCCACCACCGGCGGGUGCCCCAGGUUUGGACCACGUCGAUGAAAACAACGGCACGUGA